AUGAAGAAGAAUUAUCCGAAGAAGGCAGAGGCCUGUCGAUUUGCCUAUACCAGCUACCAGAAAGAGUUAAACACAUUGAAAGGAUGUCUUCGAGGGAAAGAGCUUGUUACUACAGAAAAAGUAUUGACUCAUCAAGAUCCUGUUCGAUGUGUGAAAUACAAUUCUAGCUUUAAGCUAGUUCUCACCUGCUGUGAUGGAUCAGUGGUGAGGCUGUGGGACCUGGAGACAGGAGUUUUGGUGUUUGAAUUCUCACAUGCUCAUGACGAUCAGCCUAUUGUUGAUAUGGCAUUUGAUUUGAGUCAAAGAAGACUAUUCACAGCAGGUCAAGAUGGAACCAUCCGCUGUUGGAACUUCAACAAUGGUGCAACUCUUAAUGUAUUUAAAAAAGACAACAGACAAGAGUUUACCUCGCUAGCUUAUGUCAACCACAACCAGAACAGAUUCAUUGUAGGUGUUGGUUGGGAUCGAAGACUUAAUAUCUUUCAUGAUGUAGGAGGCCAUAUGGUACAAUAUCCUCAGAACUACUGGCCAGAAGAUUUACAACGUGGUCAUCAAGAAGACAUCCUCGAUGUUAUUUAUUGUCCUCCUCACUUUAUUGCAACCGCUUGUUUUGAUGGAGAGAUCAUCAUAUGGAACUUGGUUUCUGGUAGUGUUUUUUCAAGACUUCUUCCACCUAAACCAUCACAAGUGACAUCAUAUGAUCCUUUGGAAGGAGAUGCUGCUGUAUCAUGUUUAGUCUUUUUGGAGACACGAUUGCGCACGAGGAGUUCAGCUUCAUUGAUAUCAAAUGGACCUAAAGGCUGUGUUCAUUUCUGGCAAAUCUACCAUUCUAAACUUAUGGGUUCAUUCAGUGCUUCACAAAGAGAAGGUGGUGUCAGUACUAUGGCCACAACUGCUAGCAACGCAUUUCUUUUUACUGCAGAUUAUGGUGGGUUUUGUUCUGUGUGGGACAUCAGAAAUUAUUGUUUACUCAAGCCAAGCUCAACACCUCCACGAAUGGCUACAACAUGGCAAGCUCAUGCGGAUUGCAUUACUAGCAUUGAAUUUGUUGAGCAGCAAGAAUUACUUCUUACAUCUUGUGUUGAUUGUUGUGUUCGUUUAUGGACUGUGGAUGGGCAUUUUAUCGGAACCUUUGGACAAACUCAACAAUGGAACACUCAUGACUCUUCUACGUUUGAGCAUCCCAUGGUUCCUUCAGAUGUUCUGAGAGACCCCAUUGAGAUGCAAGGACAGCAGAUUGAUACAUCACCACCAGAUAUUGUGACAGUUGACAUAGAAGAUAAUGUAUAUGAUAAUGAGCAAAAUGGAGAGGAUAUGGAAGCAGAUGAGCAGGAAGAGAUCAUAUCAUAUGUUCAGUCAUCAACAAUGUUUCCACCACUUACUUCACAAAGGUCCCAUCUGUCUCACCGUCCUUAUUCAGUUCAUUCAACUGACUCAGCUGGUCAUGGCAAACGCCUUCGACACGAGGUACACAAACCAAAGCCACAAAAUCGUGGAGGAUUGCCAAAUUAUUAUCGAUCACUACCAUACUAUAACGUGGAAUCAGUGGAGCUACCAGAACAGCCAAAUGCUCCUGCUACUGCAACCAGGCAGGGCAAAUUUGAUGAGCAAUGAAAAUAAUAAGCAUUUACUAUUCAAGAACUCCAGACAAGCAGCUCUCAGUGACUUUGAUGAAUGGUUGGCUUUGUAGUGUUGAAUGUAACGUUUAUUGUACAGAUUGGUCAUUAUAAUCUAUUGUUUAAACUAGACAGAGCACUCAAAUGUAAUCGGGCACUCAAUCAAUUAUACAUAAUGUACAUGUA